AUGGAGCUAAACAUUUCUCACAAUCAUAUGAGAGGGAUGUUGCCGAGCUCUUUUGAAUGCUUCAAGGAUGUAAGAAGUUUUGAUUUAAGUUACAACAACUUUGAAGGCUUCCUUCCAAGAAUGCAACCUCAGGAUGCAUAUUUGGACUUUUCUCACAAUUCUUUUUCUGGACCAAUUCCUAAAAGCAUGUUUGGUGAGUUUAGCAUUUCCUAUUUGAUUUUGUCCAAUAAUAAACUGAAUGGAAGCAUUCCGUCUUCCAUUUGUACACAAAGAGAAUUGCAAAUUGUGAACCUCGCCAAUAAUGAUUUAUCUAGAACUAUCCCAGAUUGUUGGGGUAAUGCAUCAGAGCUAACAAUCAUUGAUAUUUCCAACAACAAAUUAUUUGGCAGCAUAUCAAGAACAGUUGGAUUUUUAGCUAGAUUGCAAUCACUGCACAUGAAUAAUAAUAGUUUCUCUGGUACAAUUCCAUCAACUUUACAGCAUUUCAAUAAACUUGUAGUUAUUGACUUGAGUUGGAAUAAAUUGUCCGGAGCUAUACCCAAAUGGUUUGGAAGGAGACUAUCAGCAUUGCGAGUUCUUUCUCUAAGGACAAAUAAUUUCACCGGUGCAAUUCCACAAUAG